UGGGUAGGCAGCGUAGGCUAUCCUCGGCUCCGUGGGCUGUUGUGUUCCUGCAUCCUGGUAUCUCAGAGCCUCCAUCCUGCUCUGCAAGUGCCCGGACCCAAAACAGGAAAUUUAGUAUGAGCACAGCUGAAGAAGAGUCUGGCACAGUGAAAGUACAAACCAGGAACUCUUUGACGCUUACACAGGACCUUGACGGCAACCUUAUCCUCCACUGUCCUCAGAAUGAGACUGAUGAAAUAGAUCCUGAUGACAUUGUGGGACCCCAUCCCAAGAGGCUGUGUUUGUCAUCUCAACAUGAACACAGUACAGUUGAUACUACACCCUGCAUAUCUGUUGUUGCACUUCCGUUAUCUGAAAAUGAUCAAAGCUUUGAGGUGACCAUGACUGCUACCACAGAAGUGGCUGAUGAUGAUGAUGUUAACGAGGGCUCUGUUACGCAGAUCCAGAUUCUACAGAAUGACCAGCUUGAUGACCUUUCAGGCAGUGACGAGGCUUCUGUCAGCCGAGCCUGGUUUACCAGCAAAGAAGACAAAGAUUCACUGGCAAACAAAGGUCAUAGAUGGAAGCAGGGCAUGUGGUCCAAAGAGGAAAUAGCUAUUCUAAUGAACAACAUUGACCGAUAUUUAAAAACACAUGGCAUUAAAGAUGCAACCGAAAUAAUUUUUGAAAUGUCGAAAGACGAGAGGAAAGACUUCUAUAGGACAAUAGCAUGGGGUCUGAAUCGGCCGCUCUUUGCUGUCUACAGGAGGGUUCUUCGCAUGUAUGAUGAUAGGAACCAUGUGGGAAAGUAUACUAUGGCAGAAAUUGAAAGACUCAGAGAGCUGCGAGUAAAGCAUGGGAACGAUUGGGCUACAAUAGGAGCGGCCCUGGGCAGAAGUGCCUCCUCUGUGAAAGAUCGCUGUCGACUGAUGAAAGAGACCUGCAAGACUGGGAAGUGGACGGAUGAAGAAGAAAGAAGACUAACUGAAGUCGUCCAUGAGCUCACUGGUACCGAGGCAGGAGAUAUCGUAACUCAAGGUGUGUCUUGGGCGUCCGUGGCCGAGAGAAUGGGAACACGUUCAGAAAAGCAGUGCCGCUCUAAGUGGUUGAACUAUUUGAACUGGAAGCAGAGUGGAGGCACACAGUGGACCAAAGAAGAUGAAAUUAAUCUUAUUCUGAGAAUAUCAGAGCUUGGAGUGUCAGAUGAAAAUGACAUAAACUGGGAUAUUUUGGCGGAAGGCUGGAGCAGUGUCCGAUCGCCACAGUGGCUGAGAAGUAAAUGGUGGGCUGUCAAGAGACAAAUUGCAAAUCACAAGGACGUAUCAUUUCCUGUGUUAAUUAAAGGUCUGAGUCAGUUACAUGAAAAUGAAACUUCCUACCUGGGAGAACAGGACCUGGAGAACAAAUUGGACAGCGUUAAUGCCAAUGUUCAGCAUGUCCAGAUCAGGGUAGCUCACUUGGAGGACAGCAGUGGUGUUCCCCAGAGUUCCAUGACAGCCUUACAAAUCCCAGUACAGAUUACCCACUUAGCAUCAUCUGAUUCAUCGUUACCUUCUGCUGACUCGGAAACCAUAACACUGAACAGCGGCACACUACAGACUUUUGAGAUUCUUCCAUCGUUCUACCUUCAGCCAAGUGGCACCACUGGUACCUUCAUUCUUCAUACAGGUUCAAGUCAAGGUCUUCCGUUAACGCUUGCCUCUAACCCAUCUGUGACAUUGGCAUCAGAAGCAUCUCCCACAUCACCAGAACAAAUCAUUGUCCAUGCCGUAUCUCCGGAGCAUCUGCUUAACACUAGUGAUAACGUUACCGUCCACUGUCACACUCCUGGCAUUAUAAUUCGCACACUUGCUUCUGAUGAUGUUGUAACACCCCUGGCUCAAACUGAACUUACCAUUAAUUCAGAACUGCAGCAUGAUGAACUGAGCGAUUCUCAGAGUGGUCUGGAAAUGGACUCUCUUUCCCCGGAGAUCCAGCACUCUGACAUUAAUUUAGACCAUGAGUCUUUGUAUUGCACUAAUGAGCCGGGAUGCCGGGUGUCUUUGCAUCGAGCUGAAACAGACAAAGAAUUAUCAGACAAAGACAUGAAGACAAAUAAUGAUACUGUCCCUGACCUGGAUAGGAAUUAUGUGAAAGAAGGUUUCGGGUCCCCCACAUUAGAAGAACAAGUUGGCCAAUCAUCCAUCAAGGAUGGUGCUGUAUUAAUUGUUGCAUCACCACGUAGCUAUAUCGGGACAGAGGAUGAUCUUGAUCAAGAAUCUGUGCUUCCUCUUGGGACACUAGAAGAUCCUAUCCUGCAACAUCACGGUGCUAGCUCACACCUCAUUGACUCAUCACUUGAAGGACCAGACUCUGAAGAUUCAAAAGAUGUUGAAGAUUUGUAGACGACCACUACAUUAUAUUUCAAUCAUUUGUGUUGUAUUGACCGUCAACUGCAAUUCUCAUCUGUCUUCACUGGUCACCAGCCAAGGUUGUUACAAACAGGGUUCUUCUCUUAUUUUCUCUAUUCCUGCUUUGUUGUAGGUCAACUUGUAAGAUAUGGAUUUAUCGUCUAACAUUUUUAAUUCACAUUAAUAAAUUGUAAGAUGUAGAAAUUAUUUAAGAAAUAAGUACAUAUCUGUAUUUAUCUCUAAAAUACAUGUGUAUAACUUAUAA